AUGAUAAACACCGCCUUUUCCACUGCCGAUGGCCGGCGACUGCCGCGCGAGCUGACAGACCAGCAGAAGCAAGACAUUGAGGAGGCAUUUCGUGUGCUUGAUGUGAACGGCGUGAACACCAUUACGCCAAAUGACUUGAAGGUGGCACUGCGAGCGCUCGGGUACGAACCAGACAAGGAUGCGGUGCGCAGGCUUGUGGCUGAGAUGGAUCGCGGCGGUGUCUCUACCAACCUCGUUCUCAGCGAAUUCGAGGACGUCAUGCGCCAGCGCUUCUUUGCCGAGGACAAUGAUGACGAGGUGGACCUUGCGUUCCCGCUCUUCACAGAGGGUAAGUCGGAGUUCAUCUCCCUCGAUGACCUGAAGAGGGUAGCGACGGAGGUUGGGGAGGAUAUUCCGGAAAAUGUGCUGCAGGAAAUCAUUCGCGAGUGCGAUGUGCUUGACCAUGAUGAUCGAAUUUCCCGUGAGGAGUUCACCAAGAUGUUGAAGUAUGACAAGUGA